CUUGAGAACGGGACAAUUCACUCUUCGACACUACUCCCCCUCUCAGCCCAACAUCUGUAGUCUUGCAUCGACUGAACGUGAAUACGCUCCACGUGGUGCAGCAUGGCCGAAGAGCACAGUCGAAGAAAACUGUUCGCCCUCAGGGCUCGGCAGUUUUUCCAUCGGAGUCCAAGCCCCCAGCCCCUGCCAGCGCCUUCACCGUCGCCGAUUGCACGCCGCGAUGACGAGGCUCCCAGCCCCGUUCCAGCACCUGCUCUCCUGCCACCGCCCACCAGGGAUCUCUGGAAGGAAGCACUUGCGAAGUCGAGCCCGAAGGCGCAGAAAUGGAUGAAGUUGAACGGGUACGGCGGUUUGAAUCCGGGGUCCUUCUCGCAGCAGAUGGGCGAACUGGUCCGGCUCGCGCGGGAGAAGGAGUCGGGCGUCGAUGACAAGAAGUGGAAGAUACAAAUCGGCAGCCAGACAAUCAUCCCGCGAGACUAUGUCGCCGACUCGGUGCGCUUACUCUCGAUGAUCGGGGAUGCCGCUAUCACUUUUGCUCCGCCACAGGCGAGUGCUCCGUGGUCGGCGUUGAAGGCUGUGAUGCAAAUUCCCGUCAUGGGAGCCGAACAGAUUUGCGCCGUUCUCGGGAUUGUUGAUAAGAUUACCCGCAUUAUCCGACGAGGGCAGGUAUAUGAGCUCGUGUAUACCGCAGAGGCGGUAGGUGACAGCGUUGAAACAAGCCUGCAAGACGCGUUACUGGACUUGUACGCGGCCUCGAUCGAGCUGCUCGCCGAGUCAGACACAUUGUUCAGCCAAGGGACGGCCAAGCAAACAAUACACGCAGUCAUUCAUCCAAAGCAAGCCGAAGGUCUGGUAGCGGAUCUUUUCGAACUGGAGGAGAGGCUUUCUCUCGAAGUCCAGGCCUGCGAGAGCACCCGCAGCACCAGAAGCGAUGCUCGAAUCGACGAGAGAUUGGAGAAGCUGAAGGACACCCUCCAGGGGCUGGAUCUGCCACUUACCCGCGUUGACGCCAGGGUAGGCAGGUUGCUGGAGAGAGUGGAAGAUACCAAGAGGGACGAGAUACUCGACUUUAUCAGCUGCGAACUUUUUGGCCAGCGCCAUUACAUGACACGAGAGUCGCGAACUCCCGGGACGGGCGAGUGGUUGUUGCAACACGAGAGUUUUCGCGAAUGGGAGGGCAUUCCAUCAUCCUCAACGUUUCUGUGGCUCGAAGGUACCGUGGGCACUGGCAAGACCUUCCUUACCUCCACAGUCAUCGACCAUGUUGAGGAUGCUCUCAACAGCUCUCCGCACAACGAGGGCUUUGCUUUCUUCUACUGCAGGCGGACAGGCCCGUCCGGCGUCGACCCUCUAAUUGUCCUGAGGAGCUAUGUCCGUCAGCUAUCUUCAGUAGCCAAUAGCUUCGAAGACAUCGAGGUCAAGCUCAUGCAGCGCUGUGCAGAGGCAAAGCGGAAAGGGAUGGAUUUAAGCUACGAAGUUUGCAAAGAGCUGAUCCUCGAGUCUAUCAACCUCUACCCGAAGACGACGAUAAUACUCGAUGCGCUGGACGAGUGUGACAGGUCGUCACAUAGCCUUGCGGAGACAUUUGUCCAAAUAAUGGAGAAGGCUGCAAAGCCCAUCAAGCUUUUCGUAUCGAGCCGCAAAGAUCGCGACAUCGCUAAAGCGUUUAGAUCGAUGCCCACGAUUGCGAUCAAUGCGAAGAAUAACGAGGGAGAUAUUGAGAACUUCCUAAAUGAGAACUUAUAUUCGAGGGCAUGGUAUACGGAGACGUGUCAGGAAGAACUCAAGCCCCAGAUCAAGGAAAUGUUCAGCUCUAGAAGUCAAGGAAUGUUCCGAUGGGUUGACAUGCAGGUCAGAGCGCUUGAAGGGUGCUUUACAGAAGGCGCCAUUAUCAAGAGGCUGAAGAUGUUGCCCAAAGACUUGACUGAAGCGUACGACCAGCUCUAUGCCGAGAUCGAGACUCGCGACGCCAACGAUAUCGCCCUUGCCGAGCGGGCGUUCAAAUGGAUCAUGUGCUCCUGCCACGAACUGGAGGUCGAUACCCUCCUGGAGGCAAUCCGCCUGAUUCCGCAGGGGAACACCAUCAAGACAACUGCCAAGCAGACACAAGAAAAUCUCCUCGCUCUGUGCCAGGACUUCCUUACUGUGAACCACCAGCGAAACGUUUUUGAGUUCCCCCACUUGUCUGUUGCGGAGUACUUCGAAUCCAAACACUGGUCAAUGAAAGAAGCCGAUUGUCUGGUGGGACAUGUGUCCCUUGCUCUCCUUUUCGAGACUUACUCGGCCAUCGACCCCAUGAUCCGUCUAACACUGUACCUUGACAACUCCGACGAUACCAACCCUGACCCACCCAUUCCGGAGCAACCUCUCGAGGGUUACGCUCGACACCACUGGCUCACCCACGUCAGACGGUACGAUGAAGUGAUACGACCCGGCGACGAAAUUAACACCGACCUCUCGCUGGUUCUAAAACGCUUUCUGGGGUUACCAGGGGAGAGUAGCAUGCAAUAUCAACGGUGGCUCCGCUUCACCAACACCUCAAGUUACAAGGUCAUCCCCGGCCGCUGCCCAUGGCCAGAGACAUCUGCUCUCCACCCGUUGCGCCGUUAUGGCACCCUCAACCCUGAACCCAUCUCCCUCUUCUCAAUGUGCCGAUUCGCCCUCUACCACCUCCUGCAAGACUGGUGGGACUCGGACCCGACAAUCACCACCCUGGCCGCCACCACCUGGACGGACGACGGCGUCAACGCCCUCGCCCUCGCCGCCAUGGCCGGCAGCCGAGACAUCUGCACGCGCCUCCUGCCGCACGUCAACAUCAAUGCCCCCCUCAAACACCGGGUUUACGGGAGCGUGCUCAUCGCAGCCAUCGGCGAGGGCCAGGCCUCGAUUGUGCGGUUUCUAGUCAAGGAGGCCGGCGCCGACGUGAACAUGCGUUUCGACAGCCACUUCGACUUCGCCAUCGUAGCGGCCCCACGCUCCCUGUCGGUAGAGCUUCUCGUGUGGCUCAUCGAGGAGGGGGGCGCGGACAUCAAUUUGUCGGUGGGCAGCGGCGACGUGCUGUCGGCCAGGGUGCUAGCGGAGGCGGCGUUUUGUGGGAAUAAGGACAUGGUCGAGUACCUGGUGGUACAUGCAAAAGCGGACGUGAACGCCGUGUUUCGGACCGACGCUUACCCCAGCCCCCUUGUGGCGGCGCUGAUGUCCUUCGAAUCGGAUGUUGAGGUCACCAGGUUCCUCAUCUCUCACGGGGCCGAGGUCAACGCACUGCUGCGGACGGGAGCGUUCGGCAGCGCACUAGCGGCCGCGGCUUGCAGGGGGAGACUCGCCGAAGUGAAAAUGCUUAUAGAGGCGGGAGCGGAUGUGAAUCUGCUAGUGCAGGCUGGGCAAUAUGGCAGCGCCCUUGCGGCUGCAGCUGCGGAAGCAGGAGUUGCUGAGAUGGAAGCGCUGAUAGAGGCAGGAGCAGAUGUGAAUCUGAUGCUGCAGGCUGGGCGAUAUGGCAGCGCCCUUGCUGCUGCUUGUCAGUCACUUAGUGGCGACACGGUCGAGUAUCUUAUCCGAAAGGGGGCCGAGGUCGACUUGGUGCUCGAGUCUGGGCACUACGGCAGCGCGCUCGUCGCCGCUAUAUGCCCCGCCUUUCGCUGUAACGAUAUUGCCACCUCGACGUUACUUCAAAUGGGGGCAAGUCCUGCCCUUCACCUCAAGACGGGCCAUCAUGGCAGCGCACUUGCUGCUGCCGCGUUCUGGUGGAAAGAGCAUCUGCUCCAGCGAAUGAUCGACAGCACACCGAGAGAGCAGGUAUUAGAGGCCCUCCGUCACAGCUGGCAUCCUCCGAAAGACUCGAAAAGCUACAUUAACUGUGCUCGAUACGUGGAUGAAGCGGAAGUGAGGAUGGCUAGAAAGAGAUGUGCAAGACUUCUUGUCGAGGAGGUAGGGUUGGAGCCAGAAAUACUGGUACAAAUUGGGCUGAAGAUGCCUGAUGACAACCCAAUAUAA